AUGAUCGACAGAGAGAGACAAAGGAACCUUGGGGAGAAAGAACAGACGCAACGAAGAGAACAACACCCUCAUGGUGCAAUCGAAUGGAAUCGCAAAGAUACCCAUACCUUCUCUGCUUGUGGCCAAAACCCAGGAGAGAAGCAGAAACCUCAGCCGAGGGAGCAGGAACGGAGAUGGUGCGACGGAUGGAGUGAGAUUAGGGAUGAAGAAGAUGGGGUGAGGUCGAAAGGCUGGGCUAGCCCGUUUGACAGCCCUACAAAGAAGGCAUGGAGACUUAAAGUUAGGGUACUAAGGACUUUGAUUGUUCCUUCAUUUGGGAAUCAUAAUGUUGCAAAUUCAAUGGAAGUUGUUCUUGUUGAUGCAGAUUCUAACAAAAUCCAGACAACUGUUAAGAAGCAACUGAUAAAUAGGUUUAAAGAGAAUAUUAUUGAGGGUCAAACAUAUCGAAUGGCAUAUUUUAGUAUUGUUGCAAAUCAAGGCAAUUAUAGGGCAGCAGAACAUGAGUUUAAGUUGGUUUUCCUUAACCGUACAAGUGUUGUUCUUGUCCCUGAUGAUGCUAUCCCCAAGACGUGUUUCAGUUUUUAUCCAUUUGAUGAGCUCUUGAAGAUGACUGAGGAUUAUUUUGUUGUUUCUUUUUUGUUGGUUAUUUUCUUUUAUGGAAAUGUGCACUUUUUUUUCUGUAAUUUUAUUCAUGUUUGUUUUCCAAUAGAUGUAAUUGGAUUGCUAACUUCUGUUGGUGAAGAGAAAGAGUAUGUGAAAGAUGACAAAGUGAUGAAGAUGAUUGUUCUUGAGUUAUCUUCAAAAGAGUUGACAAUACACUGUGCUCUGUUUGGGGAAUAUGUGGAUGAAGUGCAUCAUUUCUUAGGUUCUGGUUAUAUGGAGCAACCAGUUGUUGUGAUCCAACUUGCCAAAGUUAAAUUCUUUAGGGGACACGUUGGUCGCCAAAAUGUUAUGCAUGCUACUCGCCUGUUCUUUAAUCCUGAUUUGGCUGAAGUUGUUAAUUUUAAAAAUAGUAAAGUUGAUCAAGGUAUCAAUGGAACACAACCAUUGUUUAUUGCUAAUAAGGGCAAGGGUGUUUCAUUGGAAGAUGAUUUUAUGCGGCUUACUAUGAGAUGCACUAUUGAGGAACUCCAUGAUAACAAUGAGGAAGGGUCUUUUGUGGUUUUUGGUAUUGUGAGAUCUAUUGUGGAUGAAGGACCUUGGUGGUAUUCAGCUUGUGCUUGUGGAAAAUAUCGGAUCAAAGUAGCUGUUGAGGAUGAUAACGGACAUGGUGUAUUUGUCUUGUUCGAUCGUGAGGCUGCUUAUUUAUUGAAAAAAUCAUGUGCUAAUCUGUUUGGGGAGGUUCAAAAGGAUGCAAAUGUAUGGUUGUUUGUGGAGAUAGUUAUCCUGUUGAUGUUCCAACAAUUGCUGGAAAAAAAAUUGCUUCUUAAGAUAGAUGCCAAGAGUGUUGGUGCUGAUAAAUAUUUUGGAACUUUCCGUAUAAGAAGAGUUUGCGAUGAUGCUGCUAUUAUUGCCAUGUUUGAGUUGCCUAACUAUAAUGCUGAUGAUGAGCGUACUCCAGUCAAGGUUGCCUCUUCAAACUCCUGUAUUUGA